CUUUUGUCCGACGGACAAUAAUAUGACCACAUUUUUCAAAAUAGUGUAAUAAUAUAAAAUUGUAAUAAUGCAUAUGGUUUUAAGACAUCGAUUAUGGCCAGAAAGUGGAGUGUUUCAGAAACAAAUUGGAGUGACGAAACAAAAUUUAUUUAGUAAAAAUAAAAUCCGUUGUGUGACUACUCUGAGUUCUAAAUCGGAUAAUUUGUUCCCGGAAAGAGUUGAUUUUCCAAGUAGGCAUAUUGGACCCAGAGAUCAGGAUGUGGUGACUAUGUUGGAUUUAUUAGGUUACAAGAGUUUGGAUCAAUUGACUAAUGAUGCAGUACCUAAGAAAAUUAAAUUACAAGAACUUAUGAAUAUCAGUGAACCGAUGAGUGAAUAUGACCUUAUCGAAAGGGUGCGACAAAUUGCUGAAAAAAAUCAAAUAUGGCGGUCUUACAUUGGAAUGGGAUAUCACAACUGCUGUGUACCUCACACUAUUAUGCGAAAUAUGUUCGAAAAUCCUGGAUGGACAACUCAAUACACGCCCUACCAACCAGAAAUAGCACAAGGGAGACUUGAGAGUCUUCUUAAUUAUCAGACGAUGGUGAGUGACCUCACGGGUUUAGAUGUUGCUAAUGCUUCAUUACUUGAUGAAGGUACAGCAGCCGCCGAAGCUCUCUCAUUAUGCCACAGGCACAAUAAAAGAACAAAAUUUGUUGUUUCGGAACGUCUUCAUCCUCAAACUUUAGCAGUAGUUCAAACUCGGCUGGAUGCAUUUGGUUUGGAUUUAAUUGUUUUACCGGAUGUGCGUGAAGCAGAUUUUGCACAAAGAGACAUAUCAGCUGUCCUUCUACAAUGUCCUGAUACAAGAGGACUAGUAUAUGAUUAUUCUGCAUUAGCUGCUACAGCUCAAGAACAUGGGACUUUAGUAGUAGUGGCAACAGAUCUUUUGGCUCUGGCCCUGUUACGCCCUCCAGCCGAAUGCGGCGCUGCUCUUGCGGUAGGAACAUCGCAGCGUUUGGGAGUGCCUUUAUGUUAUGGAGGACCACAUGCUGGAUUCUUUGCAGCCGAACAUCCGCUAGUACGGCUUAUGCCUGGUCGUAUGGUGGGUGUAACUCGAGACGCAGCUGGAAGAGACGCCUACAGGUUAGCUCUUCAAACAAGAGAGCAACAUAUUCGACGAGAUAAGGCAACUUCGAAUAUAUGUACAGCACAGGCUCUUCUUGCAAAUAUAUCCGCCAUGUACGCUGUAUAUCACGGUCCGCAAGGACUGCGCGAUAUUGCAACACGCGUUCAUAAUGCUACUCUGGUUCUUGACCAUGGUAUCCGAUUACGAGGUCAUAAACAAUCAAACGAUAUAUACUUCGAUACAUUGCAUGUAGUGCCGCUGUCAGACCACGAUACUAGCAUUAUCAAAGCACGAGCGGAGGAGAAGAAAAUAAAUUUAAGAUAUUUUGAUGAUGGGGCAGUAGGGGUAGCUCUUGAUGAGACCACAACAAUGCAAGAUGUUGAUGACCUUUUGUGGAUUUUUGAUUGUAAAAAUGUUAAAGAAGUGAUGCAAUCUGAUAAUGUAAGAUCACGAAGCAUUCUGAAGGGAUCAUUCAGAAGAACUUCACCAUAUUUAACACAUCCAGUGUUCAAUAUGCAUCACUCAGAAACACGAAUUGUUCGAUAUAUGAAAAGAUUAGAAAAUAAAGACAUAUCCCUCGUACACUCUAUGAUUCCUUUGGGCUCCUGUACAAUGAAACUUAAUUCAACAACAGAGAUGAUGCCAUGUUCUUUUAAGGAAUUCACUGACAUUCACCCUUUUGCUCCAUUAGAACAAUGUCAGGGUUAUCAUACAUUGUUUGAAGAGUUAGCCAACGACCUGUGCGCGAUCACCGGCUACGAUCGCGUUUCUUUUCAACCAAACAGUGGAGCCCAAGGAGAAUAUGCCGGAUUACGAACUAUAAAACGCUAUCAUGAAUUUCGAGGUGAUACUGAAAGGAAUAUUUGCUUGAUCCCUGUAAGUGCUCACGGUACAAAUCCUGCAUCUGCUCAUAUGGCGGGCAUGCGUGUUUGUGCUAUUCGAGUUACGCCUUCGGGUGAUAUUGAUAUGGAACACCUUAAAGAUAUGGUAGAAGAACACAGCAAAAAACUGUCGUGUUUAAUGUUAACAUAUCCUAGUACUUUCGGCGUGUUUGAAGAACGUGCCGCAGAUGUAUGCGAUUUAGUCCAUGCCCAUGGUGGUCAAGUUUAUUUGGAUGGCGCUAAUAUGAAUGCUCAGGUGGGACUUUGUCGUCCUGGUGACUACGGCAGUGAUGUUUCACAUUUAAAUUUACAUAAAACAUUUUGUAUUCCUCACGGUGGUGGUGGUCCUGGUAUGGGACCUAUAGGAGUAAAAGCACAUUUAGCACCUUUCUUACCAUCACACCCAGUGGUAGAUCCUCUAGCAGAUUUGGGUGAUGCAGCACACAGCUUCGGAUCGGUCAGUGCUGCGCCUUUUGGCUCAUCAGCAAUCCUUCCCAUUUCAUGGGCCUACAUUAAGAUGAUGGGACCUAAAGGUCUAAAACGUGCAACUCAAAUAGCGAUCCUUAAUGCCAAUUAUAUGUCAAAAAGAUUAGAAGAUUAUUAUAAAACUUUAUACAAAGGUGAACGUGGGUUAGUUGCACAUGAAUUCAUUAUAGACGUACGGGAUCUCAAGAAAACGGCGAACAUUGAGCCAAGUGAUAUUGCUAAGCGGCUUAUGGACUUUGGUUUCCAUGCACCAACGAUGUCUUGGCCGGUGGCUGGUACUUUGAUGAUUGAGCCCACAGAAUCCGAAGAUCUUCUAGAACUGGAUCGGUUUUGCGAAGCGCUUAUUGUAAUAAGGAAAGAAAUUAAAGACAUCGAGGAUGGUGUAAUUGAUAAGCGUAUAAAUCCUUUAAAGAUGGCACCUCAUACCCAGGAAGAAGUUAUGGCAGAAGAUUGGAACCGGCCUUAUUCACGUGAACAAGCUGUAUUUCCCGCUCCAUUCGUAAAGGGCGAGUCCAAAAUAUGGCCAACAGUGAGCAGAAUUGAUGACAUGUACGGUGACAAACACUUAGUGUGUACCUGUCCUCCUGUGAUCGAUGAUUUCUAACUGUAUCUUAUUUUAUGUUAAAUUAAUUAUAUUUGUCAUCAUUAUUUACUGGUAUACACUUUAUUGUUUACUGGUUCUUUUAAUGAAAAACCUGUCAGUAAUCGCAUAUUGUAUAUAUUUCGUCAAUAUUGUCGUAGAAUAAAUAAUUUUUUCCAACAACAAAAUCAUUAUCAACUGGCAAAGAUAGAACUUUAAAUCUAUAGCA